AUGGAUGAGAGAAUUCAGAGGUUGAAUGGGAUUGCUCAACAGGGAGAUAUUGAUGCCUUUUACAACAUAAUUCAGGAGGAUGUAAAACUUUUGGAGCACAUUGAUGAGUUCCCAUUUGUUGAUACUUUUUUACACAUAUCUGCAUCUGCUGGGCAUUUCCCAUUUUCCCUUGAGAUGAUGAUAUUAAAGCCCUCUUUUGUCAGCAAGCGAAAUCUAGAUGGGUAUACCCCCAUUUAUCUUGCUCUACUGAAUAGGCAUACAGAGAUGGCUGUGCGUCACUUAUUAACUUGGCGUGGGAAAUCGCGUCACGUAUUAGUUUGGGGCCGGAGAUCUUUCAACGUAAACGAGAAUAAUAUAGAGGGUCAAACAGCGUUGGACAUGUACAUCUUGCAGCAAGGACAAACACAAGAAGGUGACAACGGCGAGAUGAGAGUUAUACUAGACGGUGCUGGAGCUUUAACAGCUUCAUCUAUGUCUAUUCCUACAGUUACUUCUUCUUAUUAUACACUUUACCUAAGGCUGCCCGUAAUUUGUGAGAGAGCAAAACUAUUACUUCUUAGUAAUCAAGUGAUGAAGCGAAUAACAGACGAAAAGCGCAAUGCGUUGCUGGUGGUUGCUGCACUGCUUGUAACAGUGACCUAUCAAGCGGCAAUCACCCCUCCUGGGGGACUUUGGCAAGAUGAUCUGUUCGGACCCAAUACCACAGAUACAUUCUUCCAUAGGGAAUAUUAUCUGUUAAAAUUGAAUACCACAGCAGCACAUAUAGCAGGGUCAGCCAUUGCUACGACAUCAGAACUUUUUUUGUUCUUCUUUUUUAAUUCUCUGAUAUUUGUGCUCUCAAACGCUCCAGAUUGGACCGCUUUUAUUGUUCUCUUUUUACCAAUCAUUGCCUUGAUGGUACCACUGGCAGCCGCUUUAUUCUUUAAGGCUUUGCCCUUUGCACGUAAAGGGAUACGUGCUUUGCGGAAUCUUGUACGGAACGAUUAA